AUGUCAUUAGCCAAAUAUAUGCAUCCAGCACUAAAGUUCUUUAGCCUUCUCUCCAUAUUGGCCUCUCUCCAUAUUGGCCCCUCUCCAUAUUGGCCCCUCUCCAUAUUGGUCUCUCUCUAUAUUGGCCUCUCUUCAUAUUGGUCUCUCUCCAUAAUGGCCCCUCUCCAUAUUGGCCUCUCUUCAUAUUGGCCUCUCUCCAUAUUGGUCUCUCUCCAUAAUGGCCUCUCUCCAUAUUGGUCCCUCUCCAUAUUGGCCUCUCUUCAUAUUGGUCUCUCUCCAUUUUGGCCCCUCUCCAUAUUGGUCUCUCUCCAUAUUGGUCUCUCUUCAUCAUGGCCUCUCUUCAUAUUGGCCUCUCUCCAAUUGGUCUCUCUCCAUAUUGGCCCCUCUCCAUAUUGGUCUAUCUCCAUAUUGGCCUCUCUCCAUAUUGGUCUCUCUCCAUAUUGGCCUCUCUUCAUAUUGGCCUCUCUUCAUAUUGGCCCCUCUCCAUAUUGGUCUCUCUCCAUAUUCGUCUCUCUCCAUAUUGGCCUCUCUUCAUAUUGGCCUCUCUCCAUAUUGGCCAAAUGUUCAGAGGUUCAUUUUCCUGUUAGGAGACAAAAUAACACUUGCAAGUAG